AUGGGCAAUGAGCAGAUGGAAGCAGGAGCCGCCGAAGCCGUCCGGAUCGUGUCCCGGCGCAUGGUCCAGCCGCCGAUGGAGGAGGAGGAAGUGGUGGACAUACAGGUCAAGCCCUGUGACCUCCGCCUCAUCACCGUAGACUACAUACAGAAGGGCAUACUCCUGCCCAAGCCUCCCGCCGGCGGAGAGCGCCUCGUCGACACCCUCGCCGUCUCCUUCGUGCGGGCCUUGGCCGGCAGGUUCUAUUCUUUGGCCGGCCGGCUCGUCGUGAAGCAUCACACCGAUGAGACCAUCUCCGUCGUGCUGCGCUGCACCGGGGAGGGCGCUGAGUUCGUCCACGCCGUGGCGCCUGGUGUCACCGUCGAGGACAUUGCCGCCUCCGUCUACACACCUUCGGUUGUCCGGGACUUCUACCCAUUCAACCAUGUGCUCGGCGCGGACGCUGCCAUCAAGUCUCUGCCGGUGCUGGCGGUGCAGGUCACCGAGCUCGACGACGGCAUCUUCAUCGGUUUGUCCAUGAACCACUGCGUCGGCGACGGCACCACUUUCUGGGCAUUCUUCAACGCCUGGUCUGGGAUCAGCCGAGGUGGCAACAACAGUGACGACCUACACGAGGUAUCCAAGCCGGCGCCCGUUAUCCAGCUCCAGAAAUGGUUCGCCGACGACGGCAGCCCCGUUCCAGUCCACAUGCCAUUCAGUAAGCUGCAGGACGUUGUUCGGCGCUUCGAGCGCCCCGCGGUGGAGGAAUGCCUUUUCACCUUCUCUGCCGCCAGCAUCAGGAAGCUCAAGGCCAGGGCCAACAACGAAAUCGCCGGCACCGCCAACGUUACUAUCUCCUCGCUCCAGGCCCUGCUCGCGCACCUUUGGCGGGCGGUGUCCCGCGCGCGGCAACUCCCACCGGGGCAGGAGACAUCUUAUUCCAUGUUCAUUGGGUGCCGUGGUCGCGUGAACGGCAUGCCACAAGGUUACAUCGGUAACGCCGUAGUGCUCGGAAAGGCAACCUCCGCCGUCGGGGAGAUCCUAGAGAAGGGGUUAGGUUGGACAGCAUGGCAGCUGAACCGCCUAGUGGCAUCGUUUGACGAGGCCGCCAUGGAGGAUUGGCUGGAUCGUUGGAUUCAGGCGCCCGAUUUCGAGUACAUGGGGAGGCUAUCAUCCGGAGGGGCGGCGCUUAUGACGGGGAGUUCACCGCGGUUCGACGUAUUCGGGAAUGACUUCGGGUGGGGAAAGCCGAUUGCUGUACGGAGCGGCCCAGGGGACAAGAUGGAUGGAAAGGCGACAGUGUUCGAGGGGCCGGAGCGAGGAGGAAGCAUGUCGCUAGAGGUUUGUGUUGCGCCGGAUGUUCUGAAAAGGCUUGUGGCCGACAUGGAGUUUAUGGAGUCCGUAAGUAUGCCUAUGUGA